AUGGAAAAUAAUGUGGACGCUGCCAGUAGUAGGCUACUCGACGAUCUGCACUUCCAGAAACAAAGGCUCGACGAUUUGCUCUCGAAGUUGAGAACCAGCCUGAAAUAUUGGCAGACGUGCGAGCUCGAGUAUGAAAAGCUGAAGGAGGAGAUUUUGCACUCAGGAGAGGAAGUGUCGUCAGAGAAGAUUAUUGAAUCAUGGAUGUUAUAUGACAAACGGGUCAUCCAGGCAUCAGAAGUCAAAGAAAUCUUUAGGCAUGACAAGGGCCUCGAUCGAUCAUCAGCACAAGUAGCCGAUGUAGUGUCGAGAAGGGUUGACUAUGUUCAACAAAAUAUCCGAUCCAUACAGAAGCAGAUUCAUGUCGGCGAAAAGGCCUUGGAAAAGGUUGACAACGCGCUGAAUCCCCUAUUUAAUGAGGCGGAACCGAAUGUCUUGCCACUUGCGGAAAUCCGGGAAGAACUUGAUGAGGAUGGCAACGUCAUCUCAAGCCACGUAUCACAGCCGGCUACAGAAGCCGAUGGAAUCCAGGCCAUGCUUGAGAAAGCGGGUAUAUCGCUUCCAGAAAAGAGCACGAGCGAUGAUUUCGCUGCCGCUAGGAAAGAAUCAUCAAAAGCUCAAGUACAACCUGCGCCUGACAUCACCUCUCCGAGUGAUGUGCGGGCGAGCAGCACCACCAAAAUCGCCCAGCAGAAUCCGAGUAACUCGGAUGGUCAUGAAGACCAUCGACCUCCUUCAGAUUCAACUUCGCAACCAGCACUGCCGAAGGCUGAGCAACCAAGCUCAAUGCCUAUGUCCAGCGACAUGAGAACCAUAGAAUUAGGCACCGCUGCUGAUUCCGGACCCGGGCUUGUUAAAGGCUCAUUUUAUUCGGGCACAGAUGUGAUCGAGCUCAAUGAAAAUGAGGAGAUCAUCGGGCGGACACCGCUCGUGCCCGAGAACGAGGCUCCCGAGGAUGCAAGCCUGCGUCGCGAGAUGCUCGAAUACGGGUUGAACGGCAUGGGUCCUGUCGUCGCGGAGAUGGACAUCGAAGAAGAUUCCGACAUGGAGUUCGACGAAGUGGACGAGGAAUUUGAGGAUGACACGGGGUCAGAGGAGAACGGAUAUGGCAUGAGCACCAAUUUCCAGAUCACGGAUGAGUAUCGUCAGCAGAUGAUGGAGCUGCAGAGGCGUCUGAAUGCCAGCUUUUCCGACGACCUGGGAGACGGGCGCGAGGACAUUCCCCGUACUUUUCCGACACGUCCAAAAUCCGCCACAGCAACCCUUCCAGCACCGGAUAACUCACCGAUUCCUAACGGCAAGGCCAAAGUUGCAACCCCGACGUCAGCCCUCAAAAGCGACAAGACCACCCCGAAGAAGGGGGUCAGGUUUGCCACCGACUUGGAUGUGGCGGAAGAAUCUGUAUCCCAUAUAUCCAAACCGGAUACCGCGAGACCGGAACCACAACCACGAGAGAAAGGACCAGCUCCGUCUCCGCUUGCAGACGUGGUUGAGAGUGCCAAACGUCCUUCCGCUCCUUCGCCUCCAGAUACACUAGCCAAGAGCACAAAGCGGGUUAGCCGCUUUAAGGCCGCAAGAACACACGGGCCGACCUUCUAG